CAUCUCCAGCCUGUUGCCAUUAGAGUGUGUGUGAGUGUGUGAGUGUGUGUGUGCAGCCCCGCGUGUGUCUGCGUACGCUGAGAAUGUGUGUCUGUAAUAAUUUAGUCCUUUAGUGAUUUAGUGUGUGUAUUCUGUUGAGCUAGCAGAAACUUGGUGUGCGGCUGUGUGUGUAUGUGUGUGCACGUACAUAUGUGUGUGCGUGUGGUUGAGUCGGUAGCCAGGGACUCUAAGCCACAAUAUUUUCCCCCUCAGUCAUGUUGUUUUAUAUCAUUCAUAGAGAGAGAGAGAGAGUGUGGGGUGGUGAGGGGUUCAGAUAAAUACAGUAGUAAAGACAUGAGUGAUUGCUGAGGAGCGACCGAAGAGAAGAUGUAGAAGAAGAUUUGGUGUCCAAGGGUGGAGAGACAGAGGGGUGUAGGAAGUGUUUGCUGAGUGGGUUGGGGUUGAGUACACAGUAGCGCCACUGACCUAGAAGGACAAUAUUUGCAGACCGCACUUGACAUGCACAAACACACACCCACAUGAAGAGAGUGCACAGGGAGAAAAUACAUCCCAAAAACCAAAGGAGCCUGGCCUGUGCAGCCAUGCUGAUGUAUGAUUACCCUUUGAAGACAGACAUGGAGACGUCAUUCUACUCAUCGUUAGUGAAAACCCCGGAGCCAUACGGAGUGAUCUUCUCUCACCCAGCGCACAUCUACCACCCCACGCACAUGCACGCCUUCACCCAGUCCCACACCCCCAGCAAUCCCACGCACACCCAGCUGGAGCCCGUUGACCUGUCAGUCAGCAAGCGCUCCUCCUCCACCUCUUCUUCCUCCUCCCCUCCCUGCUCUUCCGCCUCCUCCCCAGCUUCCUCACGCAGCUCACCGCCUUCCCCCUACAGCUCGGCGAGCCGUGGCUCCCCCCGCUGCUCCCCUCAGCUGUCCCAGCUGCGCUCCUCGCCCUCCCACGCUCUGCAGCCGCCCACUUCCUCACUACCUUACCCUACUAUGGUGGCUCCUCUGAUCGGCUCAGGAUCCGGGGUCAUCCAGGGGUCAGGGGUCAUGGUGUCCCCAGUGAUGGUGCCCCUGUCUGUCCUCUACCCCUCCCCUCUCCAUCUGCACCAGUCGAUAAUGGUGAGCCCGCCAGUCGGCAGUGACGACGACCAUCAUCGAAGCAGAGAGCACAAGACAGUUCACUCUUCAAAGGCCAUGGAGCUGCGAGGCGACGCCCACGAUCUGCACAGGCCAAUCAAAACAGAGCCUCGCCCUGAGCUCGCUCAUGACCCCCACAGCAGCCAUGAGAUGAAGUCAUCGGUCAUCAGGAUAUCGCACGAAUAUGAGGGAAACAACCCGUCAGUAAUAGUUCAUUCGGGGGCAAAGCAUCCUCUCCCUGCCGACUCUCCUGACUCGCUGAAAAAGCGCAGAAUCCACCGCUGUGAUUUCACAGGCUGCAACAAAGUCUACACUAAGAGCUCCCAUCUGAAAGCACACCGCAGGACACACACCGGUGAAAAACCCUACAAGUGCAUGUGGGAAGGCUGCACAUGGAAGUUCGCCCGUUCAGACGAGCUGACGAGACACUUCCGCAAGCACACAGGAGUCAAACCAUUCCAGUGCCCCGACUGUGAACGCAGCUUCUCCCGCUCCGACCACCUGGCUUUACACAAAAAGCGCCACCUCCUGGUGUAAUGCGUUGCACAGAGCAACUUGAAAGAAACUUGGUGCUGGCUUCAAUGUUGGACUGUACCACUUUGACUUGAGGGGUUGGGGUCUAUAGUAAAGAGCUGGCCUUAAACAUUGGACUCCAAGAGGGAGUGGGGAAAUGUUCCUCAGGGUGCAAGUUCAUACCCUUUCACCUCAUUUGCCUGAAUAUGAGUUGGUGUCAGCCUGCUACUCAUCUAUCCAUCAAUUUUGAUCCUCUCUGCAGAUUUACCAGCUCAUCUUAACAUUAUAAUAGAAAUCGGAGUGUUGUACCAGACCUCUUAUCAGCUGUGGAGGAUCAAGACGCUUUUUUAUUUUUACUCUCUUUGAGAGGGGCCGUAGCAUCUCAGCUGGCCUGAGAGCAACACCCUCCUGUGGCCACAGAUCCGAACCGCAUCUACACCUGCUCUGUUUAAAGGUAUACUCUGCAGGAUUUGUCGGUUAGUGCUGGUAAGCACACAGCAUUCAAAGUUCGCCCCACCUUCCCAGCUCAAUGAGCUAAAAGAUAAAUAAAACGCUUUAUGUUCUAAAGCACAAAUAAACACCUCUGCACAACCCUGCGGGAAGGUACUGCUUUGUCAGAUUUUGUUUGAAUGCAGAGCUUCGUCCUGUCCACUGAGGCCUCUCUGUUCUGCAUGUGUGUAGCUCAACACCCCACCCUUGGUCAAUGAGACAUGCAGUCCUGCAGCUCUUUAUACAUCCAUGACACAGAGACAGAGAGCAGAGCAGAACAGAGGAGAGAAACAGAGACAGCAAUGUAAACUGGUCACUAAGCUACGAGUCCUGACCUCAUACCCUGUGUGCUGUUAUUGACUGGAGGCUACACACCCACCACCCAAAGGUUGACACAGAGAAACAUCGUAAACAGAACAAAAUAAUAAGAAAAUACAAGCAGAGGGCAGAGUCUCUGUAGAUACACCGAUACAUCAUAAGUAAUGAUUGAGAGGAACUCAUUUGUAUAAGUCUAUACAUUGUUUUUGUUUUUUUCUUUGUAUCCUGCAUAGUAUACCUUUAAACUUCACAGCUGAGAAAACACAGCAAGACACACAAACAUCAUACUCUUAAGCUUUCGUUUUAUAGCAUCAGCUCUCGCUUCUCUGCAUGCAUUUGAGUGAAGAUUGUGGACACACACACACACAACACGUUAUUUGCUAGCUAGGCCAAUAUAAUGUGAAACUUUCCAGAAUGUAUCGUUAUCACACCUACUGUGCAUUGUGUUAUAUAUCAGCUUUCUUAUCAGUGCAGCUACCUGUGACAUAACGCUAAGGCUAACACCUCCUUCAUGACACCACACACCUCAUCUGCCUCUACAAGCUUACAUCAUGAAGUGACUUUAAAAAAAACAAACAGGUAGCUAAUGCUUGCUUUUUCUUCUACAUACAUACUCAUGUUUUACAGCACACACCAGAAAACAUGCACUUAGUAAAAGCAGUGUGAUCUUGUGUACUUUUGGUGUCAGGGUUGAAAAAAGGGGGACUCAUUCAUUGUCAGAGUGAAGUGUUUUUUUAUGUGUUCAUUCAGAAAUGUGAACGUUGCUGCACAGGGGCAUUAUCGUUUUUUGGUGAGGAAAAGACACCACUCAGUUGGUUUAAGGGUAGAAGCAAUGAAAUGUUGUAUGUCUUAGAUCAAGUUUAUGUGUCUAUGAUAUGAAUUAUGUUUUUGGUUUGUGAUGUGACACCUUGGUAGCAUUUUUUUAUCAUAUGACACUUUUAUAUGGGAAAAAUACAAAGUGCAAAGCAGGGAAAUUUGCGCUUAACUUUUUGUUUUUCAAGAGUAGAUGAGUUUUAUUCAAGCCUGCCUUACAGGAUCUGUUAGGAUUUUUUUUUUUUUAAAGUCAUUUAAUUCAUUAGUGUUCAAUAUUUUAAUAUAUCCAUAUAAUGCCAAUCAGAUGCCAUAAGGUAGCAAAUAUUUGUAUUCUAUGCCAUCACAAUUGCUGAGCACAACUUUUUUUUUUACAGCUUCUGGAGAACAAAAAAGUUUUGUGUAUAGCGUCUUAGUACAUGUCUCCAAUGUGCACUUUAUAUAUAAAAAAAAAACAUUCCCAAAGCCAAACAUUCACAGUCACAUCAGUUUUGCUCUAUUCAUAAAUCUGCAGGUCAGUUUGAUCAGAAACAAUCAACAGGUUGUCAUUUUAUAAUCAUCUAAUGCCAUUAGACGGCUUUUUUUUUGGUCGCAUGCACACACACACACACACACACACACACACACACACACACACACACACACACACACCGAAUGUAGCGGCUCCACUAAUCUGCAUUUGCUCCUGGAUUUUUUUUUGUGGUUUUUGCUUGUAUAUGUUUUUGUGUGUGCAAAUAUAAGUUGUAUAUAUAUAAUAUAUAUAUACUGUACAUAUAUAUAUAUAUACAUAUAUAUAUAUAUAUUGAUUAUUAGACUGAAAGGGCAAUUAAAGGUUUUUAUUAAGCAUGAUUUUGAUACUCUUAUAAUAAUGGAUGGAUAUUACACAUUUCUAUAAUGUUGUGUCUGUAAUAAACCCUAUCUCUUUUAAUCUAUGUUGGCAAUUCAAAGGGAAUGUGUUAAACUGUGAACAUAUAACUGUACAGGUCUAUCUGCAAUUUUGCAUUUAUUUUAAAACAGAAUAUUCAUACCACUCAAUAAACGUAUUGAUACUA